AUGGACUUCCCUGAUUUGGGCGGGUUCAACGUUAGCAAGAACGCAGUCCGAACAGUAGCAGAACUGAAAUUCAAGCGGAUUACUACAAAAUGGCUAUCUGGACUCCUUCUUUUGUUAGUUGCGUGCAACGUUGAAGAAUACAAAGACGUUGCUCACUGCCCACGUAAAUCUGUGAAUAAUAGAAUCGUAGAAGUUGCCUUAAAGGUCAGUACUAAUAGCUGCCGGAUUGCCGUUAGCAGAGUUCUAUAUGAACCUAUUCCGGAUUUCAAUGGGUCUUUGCAGUUGUGCAAAGAGUUCAAGAAUGGACGUUCGAUAAGUUUUUUGGACACAUAUGAGAGUUUCUAUGAUAUCGAAGAUAUUACAAUAUUGUACCCCUACGCACUGACGCGUUGUGCGGGUGACUGCAAUGAGGAUCUGGAGGCUGUCGAGGUGCGGAAUGAGACAUUAUACGUGUAUGGAUACAACGAACGUGGAGAAACGCUUCUGAGAUUUCCAUACAUUGCGAUCGGCUUGGCUCCAUAUAUCCUCGAUAAUUUGCAACAGAAUACGGUUAUGUACAUGCAAAUGCGAUUUGUAGGCGAGACGGUGUACAUUCUAGCUUUGCGUAAUUUCGAUAAUAAUAGGCCUGGUAUCGAACUUGUUCUAUGUGAAACCGACAUGUACACAGCGUGUGUAGUCGAAUGCUUGCCAACGGGUGUAGGCAUUGCUUGUGCUUGGACGAUGAUCUCUGAAGCAGAACCGCCCCAUGGCCUUUGCCCGGAAUCUAACAAAAUUGAUGCAAGUUGCGAAUGUCCUCCCUGUCACUUCACUCAGUGGCAUGAAUGGACAUACAACGCGACGUGCGGUGAGAGUUACAAGGUUAGAUUCCGGCCACCGAGCGACAAUCCACACGUUGACUGCCUCAGAACUCUGGACAACGAUUGCUGCUGGGAGGAAGAGCCGGAAUAUCGCGGACAUUGCCCUUGCGAACAGAUCGAAUGCCAACACGGAGGCACCUGCAUGGACCUCAGUUUGGAAGAAUGGAAAUGCAGGUGUGUGCUUGGCUACACGGGACAUAAUUGUGAAAUAAACAUUGACGACUGCAGGAGUGACUCAUGUAACUACCAUGGAACGUGCGUGGACAACCUAAACUAUUAUACGUGCCUUUGUGAAGACGGUUAUAACGGAGACAAUUGCGAAUACGGUAUUCAUACGUCUCCCCCUGCAACAGAUAUCGCUAUACUGGUCGAUUUUCUACCGACUGAUGAAGCUGGUUACGAGGACUCGAAUCAACAGGACUUCUUUAACUCUAAGGAAGUCGACGAAUGUCUGACGGAUUCAUGCAACAAGGCUGGGAGGUGCAUUGAUGAGUUUAACGGAUUCAGAUGCAGAUGUUACGUUGGAUUCACUGGCAGCAGGUGCGAGCAAAAUAUUGACGACUGCGUCGGUGCCAUUUGCCAAAACAACGGUACUUGCGUUGACCACGUGCGAUCUUACUCGUGUGAAUGCACAGCCGGUUAUACGGGUCGGUUUUGCGAGGCAGAAAUCGAUUCCUGUUCCGGCGUUGUAUGCGGUUUCCAUGGCACGUGCAUUCGUCAACGCGGUGGCUUUGUUUGUGACUGUAAAGAAGGCUUCAGUGGAGAAGAAUGUGAGACAAAAAUCGAUCACUGCGUUGGUAUUUCAUGUGGACCAAAUGGAACCUGUGUUGAUUCGAUGGAUACCUACACGUGUGUUUGUGAUGAAGGUCUUGUUGGUAGAGCAUGCGAAAAACCGUCUGCAGUCACGGAGGUGAAUGCAUCGGCCACAAUCGGUCUUAUGUCUGUGAUUGUCCAAGUGGAUAUACAGGAAGACUAUGCGAAAAAGGUUUGCUAA